AUGAAGAACAAAGCCACAGCGAAGCGACCGCAACAGCCCUUCUCGCCCUUUGAAACUGCCGAGUGGGCCGAAACACUGAAAACAUCGAUGGCUACAUGUAGCAAGACACGCAAGCUACACAACACAAGGUCAGAGGUUGUCCAGACGCUUGGGCUACAGUAUGACAAGAAGGAUUGUGAAAACUGGCCCUAUGCCGGCACUCAGGCGGACCCUAAGGACAAGGCGCAACCUCCAGCGUAUACCAAAUUGUCCGACUAUUGGGCCGCCAAGCUGGUCGCCAAUGAUCCCCGAACUACCUAUUCUGAAAGGGGUACCCUGUGGCGGUGGGACUUUACCUUGAAUGGUGAACAAAAGCGUACCCGUCACUCUCGCGGAGAUCCAGUCAUCGUCAAAAAGGGAGACGCCUUAUACAUACCGGUGGUGAGGCACUACUAUUUACUAUGCGGCGAGCAGUUGGCAGCACGCUUUCCCUGGCUCAUCAAUAUUUGUCCUUCGAGCGGAGCGAGGUUGUGGACUGGCUUAUUUGCAUUACCGAGAUCGAGCACCAGCGAGUCGGAUUUCAUCGCCCUGAACAUUAAACCCAUUUUCCCUAUGAAGUUGACAUAUGUUUACGAGGGCAAGGCUCGCAUUGAAUUCCAGCCUAGCAAUGAGAUUAUUUGUGUUCAAAGCGACGUUCCUCCUGUACACCCACGUGAGAGAACAGGUUCAAUUGCGUCCGUUAUCGAGAUUUCUAUCAAGAAAGAUUCUUCUGACGAGUCCGGCUCUCCUGAAGCUGAAUCCCGGCUAAAUCCGUUAGCAAUCAUUCUCAAUCGGCAGCCCCCGAUAGACAUCUAG